AUGCGCAUCGCCACGUUGACCUGCCUUCCCGGCCCUUCCCCCUUCCUCUUUCUAUUGGCCCAGCUGCUACUGCGGCUCCUCCUCCCAGGGCCGGAGUUGGUGGGAGCCGCCUCCUCCUGCCCCUCCCUCUGCACCUGCUCCAACCAGGCCAGCCGAGUCAUCUGCACCAGGCAAAACCUGGAGGAGGUGCCAGAAAGCAUAUCAAUCAACACACGAUACCUCAACCUGCAGGAGAACUCCAUCCAGGUUAUCAAGUCAGACACUUUCAAGCACUUGAGGCACCUUGAGAUCCUCCAGCUCUCCAAGAAUCAGAUCCGUCAGAUUGAAGUCGGAGCAUUCAAUGGCCUCCCCAACCUCAACACACUGGAGCUCUUCGACAACCGCCUCACACUGGUGCCAUCACAUGCCUUUGAGUACCUCAGCAAACUGCGGGAGCUGUGGCUGCGCAACAACCCCAUUGAGACUCUGCCGGGCUAUGCCUUCCACCGUGUGCCCUCGCUACGUCGCCUGGACCUUGGUGAGCUCAAGAAGUUGGAUUUCAUCUCUGACGCAGCCUUUGUUGGCCUCAUUAAUCUACGCUACCUGAACCUGGGCAUGUGUGGGCUGAAGGACAUUCCCAAACUGACGGCCCUUGUGCGUUUGGAGGAGCUGGAACUGUCAGGAAACAAACUGGAGAUCAUCCGACCCGGUUCGUUCCAGGGCCUGGUGUCCCUCCGCAAGCUGUGGCUUAUGCACUCACAGGUGUCCGUCAUUGAGCGCAACGCCUUCGAUGACCUGAAAAGCCUGGAAGAGCUCAACCUGUCACAUAACUCCCUGCACUCCUUGCCCCAUGACCUCUUCACGCCCCUUCACCAGCUGGAGAGAGUACACCUUAAUCAUAACCCAUGGAUCUGCAACUGUGAUGUGCUCUGGCUUAGUUGGUGGUUGAAAGAGACAGUGCCCAGCAACACCACCUGCUGUGCCCGCUGCCAUGCUCCUCCAUUCUUAAAGGGCAAGUACAUUGGAGAGCUUGACCAGAGCCACUUCACCUGCUAUGCGCCGGUCAUUGUGGAGCCACCUACAGACCUUAAUGUCACUGAGGGUAUGGCUGCUGAGCUCAAGUGUCGCACAAGCACCUCCACAACAUCUGUCAACUGGAUCACCCCUAAUGGCACACUAAUGACCCACGGCUCUUACCGGGUGCGGAUAUCCGUCCUGCAUGAUGGCACACUCAACUUCACGAAUGUCACCCUACGAGAUACCGGUCAGUAUACCUGUAUGGUCACCAAUGCUGCCGGCAAUACAACGGCAACUGCUGUCCUCAAUGUCACCGCUGCUGAUUCCAGUGUCAACUACACCUACUUCACAACAGUCACAGUGGAAACAGUGGAGACCCCGGGAGAAGAAGAGUCUGCAUUGGUAGCAAUCAAUGAGACAUUCAUCCGUGUUCACCCUGGCCCCACGCCCUCGGGUCACCUGUGGCCAGAAGGUGUUUCUACUACAGCCUCCUCUCUGUCAAGCUGGUCCUCCUCCUCUCCUCGAGCAACACGACCCACGUUCACUGCGCCCAUCACUGAGCCGGGCUUCUCGGGCCUGGACGAUGUGAUGAAGACCACCAAGAUCAUCAUAGGCUGCUUUGUAGCCAUUACCUUUAUGGCAGCAGUGAUGCUUGUUGUGUUCUACAAGCUGAGGAAGCAGCACCAGCUGCAUAAACACCACGGCCCUGCUCGUGCCAUCGAGAUCAUCAACGUGGAGGAUGAGCUGGGGGCCGGGGCCAGUGGUCGGGGCAGCGGUAUCUCAGGAGGCUCCACUGUGACGCAGAGCGGAAGCAGUGGAAUAGGAGGGGGCCAGAGCCUCAGGCUGCACCACCCGGAGAUAGUCAACCUGCCGAACCUGGCGCGAUCGGAGCACCUCAACCACUACUACAAAUCCCAUCACUUCAACAACAACAUGAUGAGCUUGGGCAUGGGUCCAGCCUCUGGUGUGGGCCUCAACAACAACAACAACCCCUCACCUUGCUCUCAGUCUCAGAACACGUCCAUAUCCUGUUCCCAGGUUCCAACCAGUGGAGGACCGCCAUCAUGUGGCACCCUGCCGUCCCCUGUGCCCCUGCCCCAGUUGGGUCUCCACAGUUCUCUGAAAGGCCUUAUGGGGAAAAGCCAGAAAGAGCCCCUGCUUUUUAAGAGCAGCUCCAAGGAAAAUGUGCAAGAGACUCAAAUUUGAGUAAAAGUGAGAGUGAAAGUAAGAGGUAAGAAAGAAGAGAUGCUGGUAGAGACAGUGAGACAGAAAGAGCCUGUGAGACCGGGUAUAUUAAACUGAUUGUAGCCUACUGUCCUCAUGGACAGAUUCCAGAGAAGAUUAUAUUUCACAUAGACACUGCUUAGCGUUGUCAGUCUGUUGACAGAGAGAAGCAGAUACGAAGACUGAAGGAGAAAGAGUUUGAUAUCUGAUCAGCACUAGUCCCACCAAUAGCAUCCGUACAUCAUUUUUAA